AUGGCUGACUUAUCAAAACUUGACCAAUUCUAUGGGCAGUUGAAGACUCUCAUGAAAGAGAACUCAUCUCUCAAGUCUAAGCUAUCUGAUCAGGAAACUCAAUACAAAAGAACAAUAUCAAACCUUGAGUUUUCGCAUCUUUCCAAGCUCCAAACGCUUGAGUCUGACCAUAGAACAAUAGUGGACCAGAUGGAGCGAGACUAUCAAGAAAAACUAGUGGAAUUUGAAUCCGAUUAUUUGGAAAGAAUUCGUGCUAUUGAUGAAUCUAAAAUGGAGCUUCAAUUCAAGCAGUUUGCUACAGAAAAGCAGGUGGUGGAGCUUGAAAUCAAGUUGCGAGCGGCUGAAAAUAGUGCAGGACUAGAUAUUGAUGAGGUGACAUCUAAAGCUGAGGAAUUGAAGACAAAGAUGAAAGAAUAUGCUGCAUUAUCUUUUGAGAGGUUUGAAAAAUUUUUAGGAGAUCUAGAAGAGCUCGGUAACGAUAAAAAAGUACCAAAAGUCAAUUCCGAAACCCCACAAAAGUCAGCUAACCCUCCAAGAAUAUCUGGUAUAAAUAUCCCAUUGAUUAAUCGUGGUUCCAAUAACUCAUUUGAGAUCCCUAACAACAAAAACAUAUCACAGUCUCCCCCUAGACCUGUAGCAAAACUUACUAUUCCGAUAUUCAGAAGCAGUCCAGCUAAAGAUGCUGAUGGUGAUGAAGAACUUGAAGAUGAUGGGGUACAAGUAGUUUCUCAUUCCCAAACUAAAAGAGAAGAAAAUGUGACUAUUGUUCUUACUGAUGGAGAAGAAGACGAUAAUGAGGGAAAAAAAGAAGAAAAGGGUACCCCUAAUCCAAAAAUGGAUCAACAGCAAUAUUCUCAAAAAAAUGGUUUUGCAAAGUCUUCAUUAGAAGAAAAGAAUAUUGAUGUUGAAGCCACUAUGGAUGUAAAUGAUGGAACUGAAUCCCAUAAUAUUGAUGAAAACAUUACUGAAGCAUUGGUGCAAGAUGAGAUGGAAAAUGUUCCUGAACGUGCUGUUGAAAAUAGCACUGAUAAUAGUAGUGAAUCUCCUGUUACUGAGAACAGAAAUGAAUCAUUGGUUGAUGGAGAUAGUGAACCACAAUAUCAACCUUAUAAUACCGAAGCUGUGGAGGCAACUGAUAAAAUGGAAAUUGGGGAAAACAAUAAAGAUAUCGAACCAAAUGAGCAAGCUCAGAUUGAUGGGGAUGGUGAUGUUGAAAUUAAAGACAACACUAGUGGUGAACAACAGCAAGUUGCUGCAAGCCAAGACCUUAACCAGAAAGAAGAAGAAAAAGAAAAAGAAGAUUACGAAAGAGGUAGUGCCAAAGCGAGCCAAGAUUUAAGCAAAUCAGAUAUUGCCAUCGAUGAUCAAGUCAUCAGAUCUUCUGUUUCUCAAGAAAAAGAGCACGAGAGUCAAAUACCUAGCAAUCAACAAGGUCUAAUAUUGAGAAGUGCUGUCAAUACCCCAUUAUCUAGUCCAGCUAAAGCCAACCUGGGGAACGAGGAAGAUGUGAACAUGACAACAACCAACGGAAAUGAUACUGGUGCUCAGAAUGGUGGAAUCCAAAAGAGUGAAACAGAAUUCAAAGAUACUAUCGAUGAAUCCGUAGCUUCCGAAAGCUUCAAUCAAACCUCAACCCCAGCGCGGAUUGGUAAAGAACUUUCACGAAUUGAUGAUACCGAUAUAACCGCUGACUCGAUUAAGAAAAGACGUAAAAAGAAUCCCAAGAAAAAUCUUGGUGCUAGCAAUUCUGUCACCGUCAAAAUUAUUAAUCACCACACUAACCUGAGAAAUUUCUACAAAGUGAAGAACACUGUUACUUUCUACAAAAUCAUGCGCAUCAUUGGAAAGAAAUUUGGCUAUCCAAUUGAGAAGGUUAGGUUCUAUCGAACUGAUGGGGAGAUAAUAAUCCCAACUUUAACGCCACUUAGAAUGGGUUGGGAAGGAGAAGGAGAAAUUGUUGUGAAAUUCCUUGAAAAUGACCUUGAUGAAAUGGAGGGGCGGUUCAUGGGCGCACUGGACUACCCGGAAUAA